AUGUUAGGGCAGGUAGCUGUCGAGGUAAACUUGGCAGAGCUCUUGCCUUAUUCGUGUAUGAUGGCAGCUGAUAACAUGCCAAGAUGAUGUGUCGUAGGCACUAAAUCUUGAAUUCUUUUAAGAGCGGCCUUGGCCCAUGAGCUAUGCCGGAGAGUUCCAAGCCCUGAAGAGCAUCGUCGUUUAAUCAUGUCUCAUUUCAUUCAUGAACCUUUUUCUAAAGCUUCAGUACCCGCAGAUGACAUCUUGUUAUGUGUGCGAACUGGCAAAGUCAAACAACUGGGCCCAGGAUCUGUAACUUCAGCCAUCGAGAAAUUACCAUGCCCGGGGAGGGUCUAUGUCACCGAGCAGGGUUUGACCGGUGAUGAGCAGGCGUACGAACACCAUGGAGGAACCGACAAAGCCUUGCAUCAAUACUGCUCCCGGCACUAUGAGGCCUGGAAGCGAGAGGUACCCGAGCGAGCACAUUUGUUCAACAUUGGCGGGUACGGGGAGAAUAUCUCGGCUGAAUCGUUCGACGAAACCAACACUUGUAUUGGCGACAUUUUUCAGAUCGGGCCAGACGGCGUGCUCGUGCAGGUCAGCGAGCCGAGACAACCAUGCUUCAAGCUAAAUCGUCGAUUUGAGUUUGCGCAAGCUUCAAUACGAACGCAGACAACCAGAAGAACCGGCUGGUACUUGCGUGUCUUGAAGCCUGGUUUUAUACAGGUCGGUGAUUGCAUGAGACUGGUACGGCGCAUCAACCCAGUAUGGUCAGUGAGCAAAGUCGGGAAUUUUCUCUGGGAGGAUCGAAAGAACGUUGAGGCGCUGAGAGUGCUCAGUGAGCUGCCUGGGCUUGGCGAGGAGAUUGCCCAGAUUUUUCGCAAACGACUCGCCACUCGAGAAGACGAAGACAUGCUCUUUCGUCUGCACGGUGACGCAUCGAUGUGGAAGGAAUCACUGGAUUGUGGAAGGGCGAAGAUGGGGUCUUUGAUUAUUCUUGUCAGAGUAUUUUUGUUUGUAGGGGUUGGAUUUGGGUUAUGGACGGGACUGAAGGAUGUGAUCUUGCAAUUAGGAUUUCAUGCUAUUGAUGCGUGCGGCAUGAGCGACGAAUUGUGAAACCAUGAGAAAAAGAAUGCAUUGAAUUACAUCGUCAAUAAGAUAACCGCGUAGACUUGAAGGGAUUAUUGCAUUG